AAAGUCCUAUUUAAUUUGAAAAAUCUGGAGAUAUACAUUUACUUGAAAUUCAAAUAUUUUUGUUAUCAAUUGUUGGGUACAUGCCAAAUUGACAUAAAAACAUGGGAUUAGAUUUCUUGGUUUUGAAUGGAAGAAAAAUAAGAAAGUGAAGAGUAAGGGGCGACGUGUGUGAUGAGUAAAAGGGAGUUUAAAAAAUGUGUUUUACUUUAAUAUGUUAGCAGUUUCUUUAAGUGUUGGGUGGUUGUGAAUCUCUUGAUUUCUUUUGUUUGACAGUAAAGUUUGGUUUGAAUCUGGUAGACUUAUCUUCACUACACCCGUUGAUGUUUGGUAAAUCAAGAGGACUUGCAUAUCCAUAAAUUCAUGCAGUACAAGUGUUCUAUUAAAUGCCUCGAGAUUUUUGGUGUAACAUAUAGCAAAUUUGAGAAUGGAGGGCAUUGAAAAUCUUGUUUCGGCUAGAAAUCUUUUGAAGGGCAGCCUGGAAAAAUCAAGAGAUAUAGCUUUUGAACUCAAUAAGAUUAGUCCAAGAUUGGAAAAAUCUAACCAAAGAUUGUCAUUUCUUGAAAAUUCUAUGAAAGAUAUGGCAUGUAAAUGCAGGCUUUACGAGAUUAGGAGCCACGUUGAUAGCGCAAUAGGCCCUGCUGCAGGUGUUUUGAGGAUAUUGGACGUGGUUUAUGAGCUCGAAGAUUCACUUGUGGCUGACCCUGAUUCUGACUUGUUCGCAUAUAUUGCAACUGUCAAACGCCUUGAAGACGCACUAAAGCUUCUUACUGAUAAUUCUGAGUUGGUGAUUCUGUGGCUGGAAGAUUUGGUGCAGUUUUUGAAGAACAUUGAAGUUUCUGAUGAUCAUUGGUACCUAAUCAAUAUGUCGAAGGCAUUGGAUAUACUAUGGGAACUGCAUUCAAUGGGGCAAAACGGUAAGGUUCUGCUGGCUGCACUCGAGAACCUGGAGAAUGAAUACAGGCAUAUUUUGACAGAAUACAGUUUUCCAUUUCCACUGUGUUCGUUGUUGCCCUCACCCAAAGGGAAAGCAAGCAUAUUACCAGUGUCUUUGCCACUGCCUGUCGUUGAGAAGUUACAAGCCAUAACAGAGAAAUUAGCUUCCAAUAAUCGACUUGAAAAUUGCGUGUCCAUCUAUGCACAAGUCCGAAGUUCAAAUGUACGAGCAAGUUUACAAGCCCUUGAUGUGGAUUACUUACAUAUACAAUUGUCUGAAUUUGACAGCGCGCAAACUGCAGAGAGCUACAUGGAUUUGUGGGAUAAGCACCUCGAAUUUGCUGUGAAACAUCUGCUCGAUAAGGAGUACCAUCUUUGCAGUGAAGUCUUUGGGAAGGCCGGAUCAGAUGUCUGGAUGCAUUGCUUUGCAAAGCUCGCGAUACAAUCUGGAAUCAAUGAUUUCAUCAAAUUUGGUGACACAAUUACUAAAUGUAAGAAGGAUGCAAUCAAGCUUCUAAAGUUGUUGAAGAUUUUUGCAACUCUGAACAAACUGAGAUUGGAUUUCAACAGGCUCUUCAGUGGGAAAUUCUGUGUUAAGAUUCAAACUCAGACGAGGGAUCUUGUUAAGAAAGUAGUUACUGGUGUGUGUGAAAUUUUUUGGGAACUUUGCAUCCAAGUCGAGUUGCAAAGGCAGUCCAGUCCACCACCUGAUGGCAGUGUCCCAAGGCCCGUGUGCUUCGUGACUGGAUAUUGUAACCAGCUUCUUGAAGACGAGAAUAGGUCAGUUCUAAUCCAAGUUCUGGAGAUAUAUCAAGUUUGGAACCACGAAAGUUGCGAAGAGGAAGUUCUUUUCAAUGAGAUUCACAGCGUAAUGAGAGAACUUGAGCUCAAUUUGGAGUCUUGGGCAAAGGCAUACAAGGAAACUGCCCUGUCCUGUCUUUUUAUGAUGAAUAGUUAUUGGUUCUUCUUUAAUAACAUCAAAGGAACCAAACUUGGAGAUCUGAUGGGGGAUUCUUGGCUUAGAGGAAAUGAAGAAUACUUUGAAUACUACGCAACACUGCACAUGAGAGAAAGUUGGGAAAAACUUCCGGUGCUUUUACAAGAAGAAGGCCUAAUCUUGUUCCCAGGGGGUAGAGCCAUUGAUCGAGAAUUGGCGAAGAAACGAAUUAAUUCGUUUAACGAGGCCAUUGACGAUAUGUAUAAGAAGCAAUCUAAUUGGAUUUUGUCUGAUAAAGGGUUGAGGUUAAGAAUAUGCCAGCUUGCGGUGCAGACUGUUGUUCCACCUUAUAAGAAUUACCUGCAAAAAUGCGCGUACGGGAUAGAAAAUGAGGUCGGAACAGGCGGCGAUUUUAAGUACACUGCUGAGAGCUUAGAAUAUUUGAUCAAUUCUUUUUUCCAACAGAAAGUUGGGAAAUUUGAUGGCACAAAAUGCACAGAUUUGAUUAGAAUCAAGAAUGCAGUUAUCAAUCACUUCUCAUUGCCUGCUGCUGCAUAAUUGUACUGUCUUGUUUUCCUGUCCAAGAAUAUAAUGUUUUAGCCUUGUAACUAGAUCUUUAAUCCUUAAAUUAUGCUAAGAGGAGUCGUGUUAAAAAAUUUAAUUUAUGUUGGUCUAAUGUUUCUGCAGAAUGUGAUAUGAUAAAAGAAAAUGCAAUCAUCAAGAAAAUACU